AUGUUUAGACAUCAUCAACCACAAGAAUUCCACAACGAAGACAGGAAGGCCUACUUUGUUGGUGGCGGUAUUGGCUCAUUAUCUGCUGCUUUCUUCCUGAUCAGAGAUGGUAAGUUCAAACCGGAGAACAUCACCAUCUUCGAAGCAUUACACGUCAAUGGUGGAUCUAUGGAUGGCUGCGGCGAUCCAGAACACGGCUACAUCAUUCGUGGUGGUCGUAUGUUUAAUCUUCCAACAUAUGAGUGCCUUCAAGACAUGCUCAAGGACAUCAAGUCUGUCCACCAUCCAGAAAAGACAGCAUACGAAGAGCUCCACGAGUUCACACAUGAAUACAAGACACACAGUAACUCACGUGUUGUCGAUCAUAACAGACAGAAGUACGAUGUUCGCUGCAUGGGCUUUGACAUGGGCGACCGUCUUAGUCUUCUUGCUCUUGUCAACACAGAUGAAGAUAAACUCGGCAAGAGCAAGAUUAGUGAACAUUUCGGUCCACAUUUCUUCACAACAAACUUCUGGUACAUGUGGGCUACAACAUUUGCAUUCCAGCCAUGGCACAGUGCUGCUGAAUUCAGAAGAUACCUCCUCAGAUUCAUGCACGAGUUUGUCCGUAUCGAAACACUCGAAGGUGUCGCACGCAGUGAACUCAACCAGUACGACAGUAUCAUUCUCCCACUCGAGAAAGACCUUCGCGCAAAGGGUGUUGUCUUCGAGAAUGACUCACGCGUUACAGAUGUUGAUGUCAGCGUUGACAAGACAACAGAUCGCAAGGUUGCCAAGUCUAUUACAAUUACACACUCUGAUGGUAAGACAGAACAAGUCAACCUCCGCGAAGAGGAUCUUUUCUUCAUCCAGAACGGCUCAAUGACAGAUGCAGCAUCAGUCGGCACACACACAGAGCCAGCUAAGUUCCUCACAAAGGAGGAUGGCACAUCAUGGCAGCUCUGGGAGAAGCUUUCAAAGCUCUCCAAGGACUUCGGCGAUCCAGAACCAUUCUUCGGCUGUGUUCCAGAGAGUGUCUGGCAGUCAUUCACAGUCACAAUCAACAAUGAUACAUCGUUCUUCGAUCAGGAGAUCGCAUGGAGUGGCAACGAACCAGGCACUGGCGCGCUCGUCACUUUCAAGGACAGCAACUGGCUUAUGUCAAUCGUUGUUGCUAAGCAGCCACACUUCCUUAACCAGCCACCGACAACACAAGUCUUCUGGGGAUACGGUCUCUUCCCAGACAGAGUCGGAAACUUCGUACACAAGAGGAUGAUUGAUUGCACAGGCGAAGAAAUCCUUGAGGAGCUCAUUGGACACCUCAGAUUCGACAAGAGCACAAUCAAGAACGCAAUCUGUCGCCCAUGCAUCAUGCCAUUCAUCACUGCACAGUUCAUGUGCAGAAACCGCAGCGAUAGACCACUCCCAGUUCCAAAGGGAUCUGUCAACAUCGCAUUCACAUCCCAGUUCGUCGAGAUCCCAGACGAUGUCGUCUUCACUGUCGAGUACUCUGUUCGUGCAUCACAGACAGCAGUUUACCAGCUCUGUGGCGUCAAAGAUAGAAAGAUCCCUCGCAUACACCACUACGAGUACAGACCAAAGUUCAUGGUCAAGGCUUUGAUCAAGUCUUUCUCACACACUGCAUGGCAGACAUGCUUCAGAGCAACACUCGGUGCUGCAGCAGUCGGAGCUGUUGCAUACGGCGUUAAGAAGUACCUUGACAGCAAGAAGUAA